GUGUGUGUGUGUGUGUGUUUGUGCAUGUGUGUAUAUAUGAAGAACCAGGACCUCUCCCACUCACCAUAAGCAGACAGACGGCUGAUUCCGGCAUGAGUUGGACGGCCAUGAUGGGGUCCUGUAGACUGACUGAAGUAAACCAGGGCUAAUUGGACCUCUAGAGGGCUUUUGAGAGACAAACCCUGAUGAUAUCACUGCUACUGAUGGAUCACUACAGUAACCACACGUGACACAAGCAUUGAAUGAACCAGAGGACAAAAAAGAGUUCCGUAAUGCAGUAAACAAGUAUCAUUUUGAUUGACAGAUGGACUGGUCAAGCCCGGCAGCAGUAAUUGUUAACAACAGUCUGGAGAACUGGAAAGUGAUUGGUGCAGGAGGGUUUGGACAAGUCCACAAAGCCAGACAUGUGGUUUGGGGAUUGGAUGUGGCCAUCAAGUUGCUACAAUGUGAUGAUGGCUCUAGCACUUCCCUGCAUAAUGAGGCAGAAAUGUUGCGCAAGAGUACAAGCCCCCAUGUGAUAAGGAUUCUUGGAGUGUACAAGGAUUAUCCCCCCAAUUGCGGCCCUUCCAUCCAGCUGGGUCUUGUGAUGGAGUUCAUGGAGAGGGGGACACUGGAAUCCCUCCUGGACACCCUCUCUCUCCAUCCACCUUGGCCCCACCCCCUUGCCUGUCGCUUGGCCCACCAGAUCGCUCUGGGGAUGAACUUCCUCCAUUGCCUCAUCCCACCCCUUCUGCAUCAAGACCUGAAGCCCAAUAAUGUGUUGCUGGAUAACAACCUUAAUGCCAAGCUUGCAGAUUUUGGUCUGGCCAAGGUGUCCCACAGUGUUUCCAAGAUGAGCAAAGAGUUCCCUGGGAAUGCUGGGGGAACAUCUAGUUACAUGCCCCCUGAGGCUUUGGAAAAUGUGUCAUACAAACCCAUUCGUGCCUUUGACAUCUACAGCUAUGGUAUACUUCUGUGGUCCAUCAUCACUGGUCAGUCGAAGCCAUAUCCUGAUGUCCAUGCCAGAGAGUUCAGCAGGUUCUGUUUUCUCAUCAAAGACAGAGGACAGAGGCCUUCCCUGGAGGCAGUGGACAAAGAGCAGGUCGAGGGGCUAGGGGACCUGGUGGAGCUCAUGAAGAAGUGCUGGGACCAUGAGCCCUCUAAGAGACCCCCCUUCAAGGAAUGCUUCCUUGUGACAGGAAGAGUGUUUGAGAAGCACAAGAAGGGGAUACAGGAUGCCGUCAAUCAAGUGCUGCUAAAACUGAACUUGGGAAGUGUGGAGGGAAGUAAAACAUCAGGUGUUGGCACCCCCCGUGUAUCUGCAAGUUCAAAGCCACCUGCAUGUCCAAAAGACAAGGUGAAUAUCUCUGCUGAUGUGAAGACUGGUCCACUCCCUCCAACACAGGAUGUGGCUGAUGGCUUGUCCUCAAAACCAAUCGACAAAGGUGCCCAAUUUGUGGAUGAUAACAUGGAACAACUUGUUCAAAGGAUUACCCUGGUGAUGCCAAUAGCAGAUGGCCUGUACCAGAAGAAAAUUAUCCAUUAUGAGGAUUACUCUGAAAUCACUGCGGCCCAAACCAGUAUGGCAAAGAUGAGAAAGCUAUAUGUGGCCCUGCAACAAGGAGGAGCGGUGGCUAAAUCAGCCUUUUACCAAAUUCUACUGAAACAACAAUCUCUUCUAGUCAAAGAACUGGGUGGGGUUGUCCAGAAAUGAAGUCAUAACUUGAGCGGCUUCUACAGUCUUGGUCUGGACUCACUUUUUUUCAAAUCUCACACAUUACCUCAGAAAUAUUGGUCCUUUCACACCAGUUGUCAAACAACAAUUUGUAACAAAAUAAAUACAGGAAAAAUAUUGAAUCACGUCAUGUCUUUUCCUGGUUGCUUAAGUGUUCAGACUGCCUACCGAAGACAGCGAACUAGGACCCGGACUGGAAUUUGCCAACAGACAGGAGAAGUCAUACAAAAACCUUGACAUCUGAAUCUUUAAUGGUUUUACUAUAUAAGAUUUUGAAAACCAGUGUGUGUGAAUCACAGGAGGCUGGUGAGGAGGUGACGGCGCAUAGUAAGGACUGGAAUGGAGGAAAUGGAAUGCCGUUACAUUCAUUCCGUUCCAGCCAUUACUAUGAGGUCGUCCUCCCCAAAUAAGGUGCCACCAGCCACCUGUGGUGGGAAUGCUGCAAAUGUCUCACCAUUAUGCCUUAAACAUACCUGGAAACAUAUUAAUAAAUAAAUGUUGAUCCAAUA